AUGAGUGAAGUGCAUGAUCGAAAGCUGACAAUCGCAAAAAGGGCAAUAAACUUUUGGCAGUGUGAACCGCAGCUUUCACUUUUGUGUGGUGGCAUUGCUGGAGCAUUGUCGAGGACCGCCGUUUCGCCAAUAGAGAGGGUGAAAGUUCUCUAUCAAGUUCAAGGCACCACAAAUUCUUACUCAAGCGGCACCCUUCGGACGGUUUACCAAAUAUGGAAGGAGGAAGGCUAUAAGGGGCUUUUCCGUGGAAACGGCAUCAACUGCAUCAGGAUAGUCCCAUAUUCUGCCGUUCAGUAUAGUGUUUAUCAGGAGAUGAAAGCGUGGUUGGCUCGAAGAAGACAGAAAAAGUACAAUAUCUCACAUCCCGAAGACCCAGUUGAGGAUUCCAAGCUGCACACAAAUACGGUAGACAAGCUUUUUGCCGGAACUGUUGCAGGCUUUGCCUCUGUGGUGGCCACAUAUCCCAUGGAUCUCGUUAAAACGCGUCUUUCCAUACAGACGGCACGAUCAUUAAAAAAUCUCAAUGUUGAGUCUCCAAACCAGAAAGGUAUACGUCCUCUUGGCAUGUUUGGAUCCAUACGGGAGAUAUAUCUCCAUGAGGGUGGAGUCAGAGCACUUUAUCGUGGAGUUGCACCCACAACUCUUGGCGUUGCUCCUUAUGCCGGCCUCAACUUUGCAAUAUAUGAAAACAUGAGGAAUGCAGUGCCUCUUGAGCAUCGGAAGAAUCCGUUCAUCAUACUCAGUCUUGGUGGUUUGAGUGGCGGAAUUGCGCAAACCUUGGUUUAUCCGUUUGAUAUACUACGGCGAAGAUUCCAGGUUGCUACUCUCCAGGGAGGGAAAAUGGGCUUUCAGUAUUCAUCCGUUUGGGAUGCACUAAAGACCAUUGUGGCCAAAGAGGGCUGGCGUGGACUCUACAAGGGUUGGCAGGCCAACAUGUGGAAAAUCAUGCCUAGCAUGGCCGUGCAGUGGACCAGCUACGACCUCAUAAAGAAGUUUAUAGAGGAAAGAUGA